GCGCUGAGUUGUUCCCAGAGUUGUUCCUGUCGUGCUUUGAGAAUGGAAACUAGUCGUUAAAGAAUGAUAUUUCAAUAUGGCGGUCCGUAGAGGAGUGGGAAUAUACUUCAGGCAAUUCUUACUUCAGGGAAGGAACAAGCGAAUAAACACGACCUCAUUUAUUGCCGCUUGUUAUAGUACUGAAAAGGACGAGAUUACAUCGAAUCCCUUUUUUGAUAAAUAUGCAGAAAAAAUUAAGCGAGCCACAAGCAGUCAAAGCGUUGAAAAUCAAAAAACCAAGGCUACAUCUUCAACUUUCUAUGAAAACGUUUUGAAUCGUGAAAUUGAGGAUUUUAAAGCAAAAUCUCAAAAGAAAAGUUCGAUUAGUCCAAACUCUCGAGAUGGGUCACGUUCACUUUAUGGGCAAAAGGGACUGGAUGCCAUAAUGCAUUUAGAGAAAGUUAAGGAUGAAAGCGCUGGUACAAUAGAAGAGCUUUGGAGAGAGCAUCACAGAAACAAGGAUUGUGUUUCCGCUGUUAUACCAGCAGAAAUGUAUGAUAAAAUACAAGAAAAAGCUAGAGAAUACCCAAUGUUCGUUUACCCCGUUCCGCGCAAUGAAGGAUAUGAAUUAAUGGUUGGAGAGUUUUCAGAUGACCAGUUUUACCUAACAUCAGUCAUAAAUUAUCAGACGCUUGGGGAGAAUUCACCGUGGCUUGUUGCUUUUACACAUUUUACUGAACUAAAAGAAAGCAAAGGAAUUGUCCUAAUGGUUGGAGAAGUAGAUACAAAACAACUUGCCACCCAUGAAGCGAUGUUCAUAGCAAAUCUAAUCCAACUUUACUAUGGCACAGAUGAUGGACAGAAACUGUCUUUACUGAGGACAUUUAAUAAAAAUCCUGAUCAAUUUAAUCACAUGUCUGUGAUAGAAGAAAUGCAAAGAAGUACCGUCCAGUCCCCAGGCGACGAAUGAGAUUGACAGAACUAGUUA